GCACGCACGCACGCACGUCGGCAGCCGGCGGGCGGCAGGCUCGCGCCCGGGCUCGCCCCGCGUCGCGCCAGAGGCUCGCGCACUCAGCAGGUUGGGCUGCGGCGGCGGCGGCGGCGGCUGUGGGAGCUGAGGCGCUGCGCGUGAGAGGUCCCAGACACGUCUGCGGUUCCGGCUCGGCCACUCUCCGCCUCUGUCACCCCAGUCUCCGUGCCGGGUGCCAGGGAUCGGAACGGCCCUAGCCUUGGGAACCCAGAGCGCACCCCUGGCUUCCGACACCGCCUUCCUUCGGCCCUAGGAGACUCUGCGGGAGGCGGCAGCGGCGACGGCUGCCUGUCUGUGGAGAGUCCUGCUGCCCUCCAGCCUCGCUCCGCCGCCGGGCCCUGCAGGGGCCGAGAGAGCUCGGCGCCCGCCCUUCCGCUCGCCUUUUCGUCGGUUGGAGCAGCGUCGGUCCGGGAGGUCUCUGGGCUGAGGCGGCGGCAGCUCCUCCGGCUCCAUCAUGUCCGCGGGCGGAGACUUCGGGAAUCCGCUGAGGAAAUUCAAGCUGGUGUUCCUGGGGGAGCAGAGCGUUGGAAAGACAUCCUUGAUCACCAGAUUUAUGUAUGACAGUUUUGACAACACCUAUCAGGCAACAAUUGGCAUUGACUUUUUAUCAAAAACAAUGUACUUGGAGGAUCGAACAAUCAGGCUGCAGCUGUGGGAUACUGCGGGUCAGGAACGUUUCCGUAGCCUCAUUCCCAGUUACAUCCGUGAUUCUGCUGCAGCCGUAGUAGUUUACGAUAUCACAAAUGUUAACUCAUUCCAGCAAACUACAAAAUGGAUUGAUGAUGUCAGAACAGAAAGAGGAAGUGAUGUUAUCAUCAUGCUAGUAGGAAAUAAAACAGAUCUUGCUGAUAAGAGGCAAGUGUCAAUUGAGGAGGGAGAGAGGAAAGCCAAAGAGCUGAAUGUUAUGUUUAUUGAAACUAGUGCAAAAGCAGGAUACAACGUAAAGCAGCUCUUCCGACGUGUAGCAGCAGCUUUGCCUGGAAUGGAAAGCACACAGGACAGAAGCAGAGAAGAUAUGAUUGACAUAAAACUGGAAAAGCCUCAGGACCAACCCGUCAAUGAAGGAGGCUGUUCCUGCUAAUCCCCCGUGACAUCUUCAGCUCUACUUCAGAGGCUCACUGCUUUGGUCCCUUACUCUCUCAUUGACUGCAGUGUGAAUAUUGGCUUGAACCUUUUCCCUUCAGUAAUAACAUAUUGCAAUUCAUCAUUGCUGCCUGUCUCGUGGAGAUGAUCUAUUAGCUUCACAAGCACAAAAAAAGUCAGUGUCUUCAUUAUUUAUAUUUUACAAAAAGCCAAAAGAUUUCAGCAUAUUCCAGUGAUAACUUUAAAAAUUAGAUAACAUUUUCUUAACAUUUUUUCCUUUUUUAAUGUUAUGAUAAUAUACUUCAAGAUGAUGGAAACGUAAACAGUAUGAGUGUGGCUUGGUUAAGGAGCAGUAUGUUCACAGACUACUUGAUCUCUCCCGCUUUUCUCACCUCUCUCUUCUUGCCCCAUUCACUAUUUUUACCCUCCUCCUCCUCAAAACAAACAAGAGGUGGCAAAGCAGCAGUCAGACCAAGCCCAUUGGAAUUAUUCUUCAAUUUUACAGAGGCCAAGGGCCAAGAUGUUCAACAUUUUUCUUGAGCACUGGUGUAAAUUACUUAGUCUUUGAGGUCAAAAUGCAGCUUUCAUAGUGGACAGUGCUUGAAUGAGAAAAGGGUUCUGGUGCAUCUUCAAAAUGAAUCCUAAUGAACACACUGAGUACUUACAAGUAGAAGAACAUAAAUGUGUUUCCACAUUUGACCCUUUCACAUGUGCUUUAUUAGACUCUGGGAGAGAAAAGCAACCAAGUGCUUCAGAGCAGGUUUUUAAUGUUUAGUUGUGAAUGGUAAAAUUACAAAGUUCUAAUGAACUGUUUCUUCCAAGGUUUAAAAUUGUCAAGAUAAAUUUAUUGUUUGUUUAAAAAAACAAACCUUUAUAAGCAAUAGAUUUCUUGUGAGUUUUCUUUAUUUUUUUUAAAUGUUAUGCAGGCAGGGCACUGUACAAAAUCCUUUAAGAAGAACCAAUGGAAUAAAAAUUUGGCACCAUGAUCAAAACUACUAAACUAGUAGAUGUAACGAUAUCUAAAGCUUACCAACAAAAGAACCCUCAAUGGAAUAGCAAAUACUUUGCUUGGGACAUUUGAGGUCAAAUUGAAAACAUAAGUUUUUUUGUAAGCCCCUAGAGGCAGAUCAGAAAAAGCAGACAUAGAAGAGGGAAAGGAGAGAAUGGAAAUAAAAUUCAAUAUUAUGCAGAUUUAUGCCUUAUUUUUUAGCAUUUUUAAAAUGUUGGGUCCUUCAGGCUGGUUUUGCUUUUUAUUAGAUCUGUAUAGUUUGGUUAAUUAACUAGUGAUUUAGUUUUAUAUUUAAGCUACAAUUAAUCUUUCUUUGGUGAUAUUUAUUUCUUUGCCUUUUUUUUAAACUUUCAAUUUUUAGAUGUUUUGUUGAAUCUAUUAGCGCUUCAUCACCAUGGCAAUAUGUAUUUCCCUUAAAACACUGCGAACAAAUAAUACUAGAAGUGCACCCUUUUAAUCUUUACUAGUUAUUGUGAGAUUGCUGUGUAAGUUAAUAAACAUUUGUAAAUACAUUGUUUGCAGGAAGAAAAUUUCUGAGUUACAGCUCAGGAAAAGCCUGCUGAAUUUAUGUUGUAAGCAUUACUUAACACAGUAUAAAGAUGAAAAGACAGCAAAAAUAUCUUCAUACUUCCUUAACCCUUCAUUGCAACAAAACCCUUAACUGGGAGAACCUUAGUCCCCCUCUCUUUCCUCUUUCUCCUCCACUUCCCACUUAUUAUCACCUUGUAAUAUUCAGAGAGCACUUGGAUUAUGGAUCUGAAUAGAAAUGCUUUCAGAUAAUCAUUAGCCCACAUACCAGUAACUUAUACUCAAAGAUGGGAUGGAAUAGUAAAGUGCUUUUAUAAUACGAUAUUAUUGUUAAAGGCAAGGGUUGACUCUUUGUUUUAUUUUGACAUGGCAUGUCCUGAAAUAAAUAUUGAUUCAAUAUGGCAGAUGAGUCAUAUUCUUUAUUUGGAAAAAGUUGUGAUUUCUGACAAGGAGGUGAUUGUCUUCCUACACUGUUGCAUUUGAUUCUUUUUGUGUAUCUUUAAGAAAGUAACCAGUUAUGCUGCUUUUAAUAUUGGUACUUUUAUUUGGCUUGGGGUUCUUCAACUGAAGCAGUGAAGUGUGUUCAUAGUUCAGAUUUUUUUAAUAAACACAAUUUUGCUGCCAAAAAUAUAUAAAUAAAACAUGAAAUAAAACA